AUGACUGCCGCCCACCUGUCAACCUCUGCCCCCGCUCACGUCGAGCGUCCCAAGAGCACCUUUGACGAGGUCACCUGGAAAGCCUUCCUCACCCACGAGCCCGAGCUCAAUGCUCUUGCCGACUCCAAGUACCGCCACCUCCCCAACGACGAUACCGUCGAGAAGACCAAGAAGACCCUUGAGGCUAGAGGAUUCAAGGUCCAUGUCGUCAAUAACAAGGAUGAGGCCUUCCAGAAGGUUGUCUCCUUGAUUCCUGCUGGCUCAACCAUCAACACUGCCCACUCAACGACCUUGGAGGAGGUUGGAAUCACCAACUACCUCAUCUCAGAGACCCACCCCUGGCAAAACAUCCGCGGCACCAUCAUUGCCGAAAAGGACCCCGUCAAGCAAGGCGAGCUCCGUCGCAAGCUCGGCACCACCGUUGACUACUUCCUUACUUCCAUGACCGCCGUCACUGAGACCGGCGAGAUCGCUCACGGAGACCAGACGGGUACCAAGGUCGGAGGAGUUGCCUACGGUGCUGGAAACGUGAUUGUCGUCGCAGGAACCAACAAGAUUGUCAAGGACGAGGCCGAGGCUUUUGCCAGAACCAAGGAUUUCUGCCUCCCCUUUGUUAGCGCUUACUCCCGCAGGGCUUUCAAGAUCAAGGAGGCCUUUAUGACCAAUUAUGAGGUCUUGCGUGCCACCCAUAACGGACGCAUUCAGGUCGUUCUUGUCAAGGAGGUCUUGGGAUUCUAA